AUGCCUUCGAUACUGCUCGUUGUCUUCCUCCUUCAGCUCGUCAUUCACCUCGUGAAUACCGUCGGGGUCUCCACAAUCAACAAUCUGCUAUGGAGUAUCUACAACAAUGUCUCCUCCUCUAAAUUCGCCGCCGAGCAGCGAAAUCUGAAAAGCCAAUUCAUAAAAGUGCGGAAAGAGAUGAAUGCGACAAGCAGCCAAGAUGAGUUCGCAAAGUGGGCAAAGCUGAGAAGGCAGCAUGACAAGCUAUUAGAGCAGUUGGAGAAAGCCAAAUCAUAUUCGGACGCAAAGAAAGCCGCCUUCGACAGCGCCGUAUCGACUGUUCGAUGGACCGCCACGAAUGGAUUGCGCAUGUUUUUACAGUACAAGUACUUGCGAACGCCCAUGUUUUGGAUUCCACAAGGCUGGGUUCCAUAUUAUGCUGAGUGGCUCUUAUCAUUUCCGAAAGCGCCAUUAGGAAGUAUUAGUAUAAACGUGUGGACGUUAGCAUGCACGGCGGCUAUUUCCCUGGUCAGUGAUGCACUGGUAGCUGUUGUA